AUGGAAAGGAAGCUUUGUUCUCAAACAUUUCUAGCAGAAAAAGCCACUGCAGAUACCUGUCAAUCUAUUCAGCAUUUAUUUGGGAUUCCAGCUGAACUGAUGAAGGCUUCCUCUGCCAGAGAAGGGUCCAGUUACUAUUUCUCAGCCUUCAGUGGUCGAAAACUAACUGAGAGACAUACUUCAUGUUACAUUCAUAUGAAAAUAAUGGCCUUAAAAAUGUGGACACGCGGCUCCACAUCUUCCAUAAUACAGCAAUACUCUGGGAUGAGAGUGGGAAUAAAGAAAACAAGCUCAAGGUUCAGUGGUAUAUCCCAAGAAGUCAUUCAGCCUAUGCCUGUCACAUGUGCAGGGGGCCAGCUUCCUGUCCUGGUAAAGUCAGAGUCUUCCAUCAGCAUAUUUUACAACAGAGAAGACCUUGUUCCAGUGGAAGAAAGUGAGAACUCACAGAGUGAUUCCCAAACAAGGAUUUUUGAGUCCGAACACUCCCUCAAGCCAAAUUAUCUUCCCCAGAGUGACUUCUCAGAACAGCUCCAGUUGCUACAAGAUUUGCAGCUAAAAAUAGCAGCAAAACUCUUAAGGAGUCAAAUACCCCCCGAUGUGCCUCCACCUCUAGCUUCAGGUCUAGUCCUAACACCCAUCUGCCUACAUUGUGGCCGAUGUUCAGGAUUUAACUGCCAUCAUAAAUUACAGACCACUUUGGGGCCUUAUCUUCUGAUCUAUCCACAGCUCCACCUUGUAAGCACUCCUGAAGGCCAUGGUGAGAUUCGGUUGCACCUUGGCUUUAGGCUGCGAACCAGGAAAAGACCCCAAGUCUCAAAGUAUCAUGAAAGAGAUAGACCCGUCAUACGGAGAAGAACUAUGUCACCAUCACAAAGGAAAGCUAAAAUCCAUACUCAAGCUUCCAAGAGUCCUGCUUCCACAAUAGAUUUGCAAUCUGGGUCCUCCCGGUCCCCUGCUCCUGUACAAGUCUACCUCAGAAGACAACGCAGCAGCCCUGACCUGGAAGAAAAGACAAUAAUUAGAGCACCUAGACACUAUGAAUCCACUCAGGUUCACACCCUAUCAGAGAGCGACUCUGAAAGCACUCAGAAUGAGGAACGGGCUAAAGUGAGAACCAAAAAGGCCUCUGGUUCAAAAUAUCCAAUGAAGAGAAUGACCAAGGGACUUAGAAAACACAGAAAGUUCUACACAAACAGUAGAACCACAAUAGAGAGCCCCUCUAGGGAAUCACCAGCCCAUUUAAGAAGGAAGACGAUUGGAGCAGCUCAGACAAGUACUGCCUCCUUAAAAAGACAACCUAAGAAACCUUCCCAACCCAAGUUCAUGCAACUGCUUUUUCAGGGCAUAAAGCAGGCAUUCCAAACAGCAUACAGAGUUUUAGCUUUUGCUGGGCAGAAGCCUGGGGACAGGACAAUCCCAGACAAUUUGUGGGCAAGCAAAAACUAUUAUCCAAAGCGAAAUGCCAGGGAUUACUGCUUACCCAGCAAUAUCAAAAGAGAGAGGAGGUCAGCUGACAAGCUAAGGUCAGCAGGCUCAACCGUGAAGCAGGACGACAUAUUGUGGGAAGGGACAGACCAGUGCAGUUCAGCUCAACCGCCAAGAAGACCUCACUCUUUCCAACCCAGACCUCUUCGACUGCCCAAGCCCACAGGUUCCCAAAGUGAUAUCACUUUCCAAGCUGCCUCAGUGGAGCAGCCUCUGGGAACUGUCCAAAAGGACAGUAGAAGCAGAUCAAAGAAAAAUGAAAUCUCCAGCCAGGAGUCUAAGAGCUUGCCCACACCAGGAACCAGAGUUCAGGCCCAAGGAAGAAAUCUACCUGGCUCCCCUGUGAAGAGAACCUGGCACCGACACCUUAAAAAGAAACUCACACACGAGGAGCAAAACCACCCCAGCUUCUAUAGGGAGAGAACCCCACCCAGUCCUUCUGAGAGAACCGGUCAUAACCGCUGUUGGAGAAACCAUCACAGUCCCUCUGACAGAUGCCAUUUCAGCUUCUUUCGGAGAAAACAUCGCAGUCCCCUGGAAAGGAGCCAUCACAGUCUCUCUGAAAGGGGCCUUCACAGUCCCUCUCAGAUAAAUCAUUGCAGUUCCUCUCAGAGGAGCCACCACAGUCCCUCAGAGAGGAGCCGUCACAGUCCCUCGGAUAGAUGUCCCACUCCCUCUUGGAGAAAUCAUCGCAGUCCCCUUGAGAGGAGUUGUCACAGUCUCUCUGAAAGGGGCCAUCACAGUCCCUCUGAGAGAAGCCAUUGCAGUCCAUCUCAGAGGAGCCAACAUAGUCCCUCUGAGAGAACCCAUCAGUCCUCUGAGAGGAGCCAACGCAGUCCCUUUGAGGGGAGAUGUCACAGGUCCUCUGAGAGGAGCCACUGCAGUUCCUGUUGA